AUGCCUCCGAAGGGGAAAGGAGGGAAGGGAGCCAAAGGCGGAGCUGCUGCUGCUGGAAGUGACGCCGCAGACAAGAAGGCUCAGACGCCAAAAGGUGGAAAUGCUGUCAAGGUGAGACACGUCCUGUGUGAAAAGCAUGGAAAAGUCAUGGAGGCCAUGGAGAAGCUGAAAUCCGGAGUGAGGUUUAGUGAAGUGGCGACUCAGUACAGUGAGGAUAAGGCCAGGCAAGGGGUAGGUGACGGCUUCAGGGUAGGCUCGAUGGUGGGACCUUUCCAGGAGGCGGCGUUUGCUCUCCAGGUCAGCACCAUGGACAAACCAGUGUACACCGAUCCUCCCGUAAAAACGAAAUUUGGAUAUCACAUCAUCAUGGUGGAAGGGAGGAAGUGAGAGCUCAUUUUAUCAGUAAUCU